UCGAGCCUGAGCCAGCAUGGCGGCGUCCUUGUAACACGGUCCGCGCCGCAAAAGGGACGGCGGCCGCGGCGCCGGACCCUCGGGGUCACGAGUCAGCAUGCUGAGAACCGCGUGGAUGGCGCUGAGGUCGCUUCAGACCCAGGCAGUGGCCCGGGCUCCAGUCCGUGGGCUGCCGGGCGGAGCGUGCGCCCGGCCUCCCUCCCACCAGGGGGGCCUUCCCUCCCCUCCUGGAGGUGUCAUCCUCCCGGCCCUUCGCGGAUAUGCCACCCAGAAACCAGUCCAGCGCAGCCAAGAAGAUGACCCGCCUCCUUCCACACUUCUCAAAGGCUACCAGAACAUUCCUGGAAUCGAGAAGUUGGACAAUGUCGUAAGAAGACUCCUGUCUUUGGAAAUGGCCAGCCAGAAGGAGAAGCUAAAAGUCAAGCAAGAACAGUUGAUGAAGAAGAUCGUGGAAAACCCUGAGGACACCGGCUCCCUGGAGGCUCGAAUUGUUGCCUUGACUGUCAAGAUCCGCAAUUAUGAGGAACACAUGCAGAAGCACCGAAAGGACAAAACCCACAAGCGCUAUCUGCUGAUGAGCAUCGACCAGAGGAACAAGAUGCUCAAAGACCUCCGGAAGACCAACUAUAGUGUCUUUGAGAAGGUCUGCAAGGAGCUGGGGCUCGAGUACACCAUCCCCCCUCUGUACCGCCGGAAAGCCCACCGCCGCUUGGCGGCCAAGAAGGCGCUGUGCAUUCGGGUUUUCCAGGAGGUACAAAAGCUGAAGAAGCAAAAAAGGGCCUUAAAAGCGGCAGCCGAGGCAGCCCGGAAACAAGGCCAGAAGAACCCACCGAGCCCUUCCAGAGCCGGACCAGAGACAAUCAAAGAAAACCAAUAAAUUGUAUUAGAGUUCCGUC